AUGAAAAAAGAGCAACGACACAGUAAGCGGAUGGAACCGAAGAACACCGCACAACUAAUUCAAGCAAUGAGAAAUCCUCAUGAAGAAGCUAAAACCCAGCAAAAUACUAACGAAGACCCUGCUGAAGAGCAUGCAAUCCAGCAAGCUCCUGUCAAAGCAAAAAGGCAAAAGAAAAAGGAAAAUGCUGAAAACAUCGUCGACACUGGUACCUUGCAGCAUCAGCCAUUACCUCUAAUGGUACUCCCACCAACUGAACCAACCGGCACGAAGAAACAAGCUGAACGCAAGAAGAAAAACAAACGACAAAGGGUAGAAAAAGAACAAGACAAUACCAACAACAAAGGUUCAGAUACCAAUGAUGACGACGAUGAUAGACAGCAUGAUGCAGAUUUCAUUCCUACAGACAGCGAUGAUGCCGAAGAGCACGACAAUGAUGCAGAACAUGACGACGAUCCCAAAUCAGGCAAGAAGGACAGAAAGAGAAGAAAGACAAGCGGGAAAGAAUUGGUAGUACCAACAGAUGACGAAGAACAACAAGAAACAGACGAAGAGAAAUGCCAAAUCAAGGCAGGGGCAACAUUCGCCCAUGUCAAGAAAGCAUGGAAUUUACUUAAAGACCGUCACAAGAAAGAUAUUAGGACGGCAGGAUUUGGCAGCAUAGAGAACUGCAAAAUAACGGGCUCCAUCUGCAGACCGCUUGCAGCACACAUCUACGACAACCUCAACACAGAAACCAUGACAAUAACCUUCGGUGAUGCUACUGAAGACAAAAAAAUCAAGAUUACCAAGGAAGCUACCCACAAGGUGUUUGGAUACCCAAACAGCACGCAAAGCGCCGCUAUCUUCGCCCGGACAGCUAUAAUGGUCAAGGACAUGGACUAUCCAGAAAUGGCAAAGAUGGAUUUCUACGAGGUAAUCGUCGAAUGUAUUAGGGAAGGAGCCAAGACAUGGCAGAAGCACAGGAUGUUGCCUCAGGAAGAAAAGAACAAAAAGCACGGCAAUGGUUUGGCACAGGUACCAGUAAUCAUGUACCUUGACUCCCUGCUGCUGCCAACCGACACAAAAGAAAUGCGGAAGAUUGCAAAGACAAUGGAAAAAACCUCAUUACCACGAGCAAACCAUCUCAAAGAGAGUGACCUAGCGAAAAUAGCUAGAGCAGACAUGAAAACGGACGGAAAAGCACGACCAGAUGACUAUGAAUUUGGCAAGAUACAGGAGAACAUCGUAAAGAACAGCAACACCAGCACACAACCAAACUGCUACCACCUCCACCCAAGCGCCGGCGCGAACCACGACAUAGUUUGCACAAGGUACCUCACAGACAACGCGACCCUGCAGAUGCUAGAGCAAGCAGAUCCAGCAGCAUCAAGUAGACUAGUCGAUCCCAACCGCACGAAUGAAAUAGUAGCCACAACAGAACAAAGAGAAAGGAGGAAAAGUAAGAAAGAAGAAGAGGACGAAGAGAGGAAGAGAAGAACAAAAUCAAGGGACGUGGGCAUUGACAAGAAGAAGAUAAAGCGGCAAAAACAGGCCAAGAUGAACUCCACCAGCAGGAUAGCAUCAACAACCCCAAAAAACAAGAAUGAACGCAACAAACAAAGCAACCUCACAACAGAAAGUGCUACAACAACAACUACCCCAACACAAGCACAAGAUACGAUGAACGUCAGAACCAGUGAAGAGGCUCAGCUGGAGAACAAUCAAGUCAGCAGUCCCGUCAACCAAAUGCAAGAGGCUGGACCACAAUCAACCGUUAGCAUAACAAACGACAAAGAAGAAGACAACAACGAAGAGGAGGUAUCACAAUCACUGCCAGACCAAGAGACAACCAGUGUUGAAAUUGAACCCCAUAGUGAACCUCAAACAGACGAAGGAGUCACAGAACAGGAAGUUUGUGCACAUGAGAUUUCCAGUGCCACAACAUUGCAGAUCACCAUGACGAGUACAAAGGAUAAAACCCAAGACAUCCAAGCCGAUGAGAAACUAGAGACUGUUAUACCUGACAAAGAAACAGUCAACGCAGGCACGAAUAACCCAGUCAUCAACACAGAGGAAACAAACAAGUACAUUGAUCUCGAAGAUCAAGAAGCAGCGCAACCAAAGGAAACUGGAAAACACACAGAACUUCAAACAACAACAUCUGAAGAGGAAGAGGAAGCAAACGAAAUCACUCGCAUAGACAUUGAACAAGAAAAAUUAGAGGACAGAACGAGACAAGGAGAAGCCGUAGUUCCAGCAGUAGACAGUCCUGCAAAUCCAGAGAAAGAGGCACAAGAAGCCCAGGAGAGCACCAACAAUCAAGACCAUCAAACACAACCAGAGGAGCCCAAUGAACAACCCGAACAUGUUCAUCAAACGAGAGAUGAGACAGAUGAGCAAAAGAAGGCCACUGAAGAAGGGAAACAUGUUCUUCAAACGGCAGACAUCAACGUCAAAGAAGACCUAGCGCCAAAAUAUUCACUCACCAAAAAAACGGCAGCAGAGACGACAGCAGCGACAACCACUGAAAAGGAAGACGAAGAACAAGCACAACAGUCAGCAGCAACAACGAGAACAGCAACAGAGACAACAGAAAUAGCAACGAUUGAGAAGGUCAGUGCCAUCCAAGUCGAGACUAAAAAACAAGACAGAAAAGACCACCAGCAAGACAUAACGGUUAACAAGGAAAAACAUGAUGCUAAGAAAAGCACAGACGACUCAAAUAAGGAUGGAGCAGAAACUGAACAAAAGGGCACAGUGAAGAAAGGGGGCAAAGAUAGCGAUUCCGUCAACAAAGCCAUCGAAGACCUGUACAACGCUAUAUGCAAGCCAUGGACAAAGAGAGAAAUGGAUCAGCUUUUCAUUACAACGGACAAGUUUGAUGUAAAUCUAGGACAUGUCUCCGAAAGCUUCAAGGUCGGUAAAUCAGUACGCACCGAAGCAAUCAAGCCCAUGCUAACAAUCUUGAGAAAACAACUCAAUGGCACACAGAGAAAGAUUCUGUCGUUAAGCAACACUUUCCUUCUACCAUGUUCGUUGUGCGGGUUUGAGCAAGAUGAAACUACAAGUCAUUACUUCACCAUCACAGUUAACAUGCAAAAACAGCGCUUUGAACUCCUUGACUCUUCAACUGCAUAUCUAGGCACAAUAGAAUUCUUCAACAAUGUAACCAGCAAACUAAUGAAAAUCUGGAAGCACAUAAGCACAGAGCUACAGCUUUCAGAAAAAAGCAUCAACCAUUACAAAAAGGUCAGACUGCAGGUGCCACUUCAAGGAGAAGACACAAUGGACUGCACAUUCUAUAUGUACAUGAACCUGAAGCACUACUCCAGUGAUGGAACAACAGCAACCUUAAAGCCAGAACAAAUACCAAAGUUGAGGAAAAAAGUUCUAUAUCAACUAAUCAGUCAACACAGAGGGAAUACAAAACUGUCACUAAUCAAGUGUACAACAGAUAUGCUGAAGUAUGAAGUAGAUAUAGAAGACAAAGAAAUGCAACAGGCAGAAUGUUGCAUACUAGAAGAGUUUCCGCCAACUCCCGGGCCAAAAGAUCAUAUUAUGCAUGCGACAACCACACAAGAGCAUGAAGUUAUUGAUAUAUCCUAUAAACGCAAAGAGAUUAUGGAUGUCAGCAGCCACGCCGUCGCCCAACAAUCUUUCACAGACCACAAACAAAAUGAUCCACCAAUAGAACCAGAUCAACCACCACCAGACGACAAGAUACUACACCAUGCCGAAGAGGAAACAGAUGAGCAAAAUAUCAAUAGCAAUAUCACGACCACAGAGCAACUGGAACAAACAGGCACUGAUUUAAAAGAGGAUGACAGAAGACACGACGUACCAAAUACACAACAACAGGUUUACGAGCAGAAGAAACAGCCUGUUCUUGUUCAAGAAGAAACAGGCUCGACAAGCAAUCAGCAAGGCACCACCAGCACCAUCUAUUUAGACUUCCUAAAACCAAAAACAAUGGAAAAGCAGGAAGAAGUUGAUGAAUUUUUUCCAAGCCUUAACCCGCUACAACUAGACGUGUACAACGACCAUGUAAAGAUGGACUCUAAGUUUGAUGUAAUCAAAACAUGGUUGGCCGACCAUGAAAGCUAUGAAUUCAACAAAAAUCCCAAGCCGUAUCUGACAAUCUUGCAGCAAGAGUCAGGAGAACAUUCAAUGCCUCAAUCAUCUGAGAACAGCUCAGACAAGAAAAUCUCGGUCAAGAAAAGGACGGUAAAGCCUUCAAGAAGGCUCCUUGGAGAAAUCAGGAUUCCUACUAUUGCCCCAAGAGAUUUCAAAUUUAUGAACAAAGCCAGAGCACUCCAUGAAUACCUAUUCAGCAAAGAAGGACAUGACGAAUGCAGAGAUCUAAACAUAUAUAUUAGCUCGAUGCAACCCGAUUGGAUUACAGGAAAACAAGCAAUGCAACAGCUACGGAAAGGAGAUCAUGAACAGAUGGAGGGCUCCAUCACAAACGCAUUGUUCGACGAAUGGACAGUGCAGCAACAAUACAACACAACCGAUAAAGCCAUACUUCCCGUAGAAUUUGCAAACAUCGUGCUCGGUGUUAAAACUAGAGAAGAAGAAGGACUAGCAGAAUUCAAUGAGGAAGAAUCAUUGAAACAGUUUGCAUCCCUUGUAACAGGGAAGGAACUUUUAAAGAAAAAGCUGAUUAUGAUACCUCACAACACAGCUAAACACUACACAUUGUACAUGCUCAACAAGUACACGAGCUCCAUUGACAUACUUGACUCACUGAAUUACAGACACGAAGACGGAAAAAAUACAUGGAAAACACACCAUAAGGAUCACCAAGAACUGGGUACGCAAUGCGGACACUUCAUGGUUCAGUUUGCAAAAUACUGGAAUGGCAUUGAUCUCAUAAAAGAUGAUGAGGAUUUCAACCAAAGCAACAUAGAUGCCGAGUGGAAACCAGAGUUCCUUUUUACAGCCAUAUUUGGUGAAACAAACCUAGUAAACUGGGAGCAACUACCUGGAAGAAUCAAAGAAUUCAAACUAGAAACUUCAAAGUUCUUUUCCACCAAUAAAGCAAAGAAUCAACUGGUUCCCAUGUAUCUCAAGGAAAAUCAAUGGAAAAAGCUCUCAACAGCAAACAUGCAACAAGUAUUUUAUACGCUGAUAUUCAUUCCAAUGGAGAAGCAUGACCGCUAUGUACUAUAUGUCCUGGACAAAUACAAACACAAAGUUCACAUUAUUGAUCCUCAAGAAACGACUCACAAGGAAUUUCAGAAAGAAAAGAUAGGCGUCGAAGAAUUGACAGAAGAAGAAGCAUGUCGAGUUCUUCAGGAAAAUGAAGAUGCUAAAGAAGAAAGAGAAAGACAGUUUGAUGAAUAUCAUGUUCAUAAGUUGGCAAUCGUACCUAGGUUUAAAGAAGUCUUCAACAUCAUACUAGGACAAACACUGAAUGCCAAGGGUACAAGAUGGCAGACUCAUACCGUGCAAGAUGUUCCAGUGGUAGAAAAGGGAGAAUUGACAUUUGUUGUUUUAAAGCUUGCAUUCCUCUACAAUGGUGAAAAGUUUGUCGAAGACCUAGAAGAUUUGACAGAUGAGGUCGAAGACUGGAGGGCAGAGGCAAUGUACAUUCUCUUAAAUAGCGAGAUGAAUCAAAUCAAAGCUAGUGAAAUGGGUGACGAGAUUAGCAAGAUCUUAAGCAAAAAUGAAGACUAA